AUGCUUUCGCACAUCGGUCUGAUACUGGGCCCUCAACUCUCCAGCAGUUCGAGCAUUUUCGGCCCCUCGGACCCGCACUGGGAAGAGACGACCAGGCGAUAUGACCCGCACUCUGCACCGCGUAUCCGAUUGGUCGUGCAGCCUGGAGCGGAGGAGGAUGUCCCUGUCAUUGUGCGAUAUGCGAAUAAGCAUGGGAUCCCGUUCUACGCGGUCAACACGGGCCACGGGUCCACCACUUCGCAGACGGCCUUUGACGGGAUCCAGACUGAUCUGAGCAUAUUGAUGAGCGUGAGAAUCUCCUCCGGAGGCGAGACGGCAUGGAUCCAGGGCGGAUCCACGGUGGAGGUCACUGUUGACGAACUAUGGGCGCUGGGAUACGUGACGAGUAAGCAGCCCUACUCUGCCUUGGUCCUGGUCUCAUAA